UCAGGACAGCAUCUACAGCUACAGAGUUGAAAUAAUUAUUCCUUUUUUUUAUUUACAGUGAGAGAGCAUAAGCGACAGGGAGAUCUGACACCUCCUUCUAUGUGCAGGGAAGAAGAGAGAGAGUCUUUGUCUUUGAUUUUUGAAUGUCACUGAUUGUUAAUAGUAUUAUCUCUGUGUCUGGUAGUGCUAAAUCUCGAGUACUUUGGCUGGGAUUUUUCAAACUCGAGCUGCUCCUACUACUUUGUAUUUUUAAACGACACGGACCGUUUAGUAAUGUCUCUGGCUCGACUAGGCAACAAAAACAGCUUCUGGGUUUCUCUCAUUCUCGAAUUGUAUAUCUGGGUUUCUGACUUUUCACGAUCGAGCUGUUGUUGAUUGUUGAUUUUGGAAGUAUCACCGAGUUCCUGCUCUUGUAUUGAGUGUAAAGAAGAGGAAGAAGGAGAGUGGAGGUUUGAACGUGAAGCUAUGGUGGGGUGGUUUGCUUUCCUGAGAAAAAGCUGGAAUUCUGGUUCUUGACUCUUGAAGCUUCGUAUACUGUGCUAGUGUGCUUUUGUGCUUACAGAAACAACAAAGAGAGAGAUGGCUGUUAAUUGUUGAGGGCUUUUGGAGGUUGAGGAAAGUCAAAAGAAAAUUGAGUUUUUGCAGAGAAUUCAAUUUAAUCCAAACCCACAUUCAAAAUCAUGGUUGAGGAUGAUAACAACGAGGUGUUGGUUGAUGAUAUGUCAACUGACGAGUGGUUAUCACAUUCCCAAGAGCUUGUUCCAGUGGCCCUCCAGAAGGCUAAGCAGGUUAAGGGUUUCACUGGAAGGUGGAAGAUUAUAAUUUCCAAAUUGGAGCAGAUUCCUUCACGUUUAUCAGAUUUGUCAAGCCAUCCUUUGUUCUCUAAGAAUGCACUUUGCAAGGAACAACUACAGGCUGUGUCGAAGACAUUGAACGAGGCAAUUGAAUGGGCUGAAUUAUGUGUGAAGGAGAAGUACGAAGGGAAGCUUAGGAUGCAAAGUGAUCUUGAUGCUUUGUCGGGGAAGCUGGAUUUGAAUUUACGAGAUUGUGGGCUUUUGAUCAAGACUGGUGUGCUUGGAGAGGCUACUUUGCCUUUGACAGUGGCCGGUUUUCUACAAGAACCAGAGGCUGCUAUGCAUAGCAAUAUAAGGGAAUUGCUUGCCAGGCUUCAAAUUGGGCACUUGGAGUCAAAGCACAAAGCUCUUGACAGUUUAGUUGAAAUCAUGAAAGAGGAUGAAAAGCAUGUUUUGGCUGUUUUGGGGCGGAGUAAUAUUGCUGCUUUAAUUCAAUUGUUAACUGCAACUUCUCCCCGCAUACGCGAGAAGGCUGUGACUGUAAUCUGCUCGCUUGCAGAAUCAGGUGGUUGUGAGAAUUGGCUUGUUUCUGAAGGCGCUUUACCUCCCCUUAUAAGGCUUCUUGAGUUUGGCAGUGCAGUGGGGAAAGAGAAGGCUACAAUUUCCCUUCAAAGGUUUUCAAUGUCAGCAGAGACUGCCAGGGAAAUAGUUGGCAAUGGUGGGGUUCGGCCACUGAUUGAGGUAUGCCGAACUGGUGAUUCUGUCUCACAGGCUGCUGCUGCUUGUUCUUUGAAGAAUAUAUCAGCUUUCCCAGAGGUUCGACAAACUCUAGCUGAAGAAGGAAUUGUAAAGGUCAUGAUCAAUCUCCUCGAUUGUGGAAUUCUUUUGGGAUCUAAAGAAUAUGCAGCGGAGUGCUUGCAGAAUCUUACUGCAAGCAAUGAGAACCUUAGAAGGUCUAUUAUUUCAGAAGGUGGUAUUCGGAGCCUAUUGGCAUACCUCGAUGGUCCUUUACCCCAAGAAUCCGCAGUUGGGGCAUUGAGGAACAUGGUUGGCUCAGUUUCUACGGAAAUGCUGGUUUCUCUGGGCUUCCUUCCUUGCUUGACUCAUGUGCUUAAAUCUGGAUCAUCCGGUGGACAACAGGCUGCUGCAUCGGCAAUCUGUCGGGUUUGCAACUCAAUUGAGAUGAAAAAACUUGUGGGUGAAGCAGGAUGCAUUCCUCUGCUUAUUAAGAUGCUUGAAGUUAAAUCAAACAGUGUUAGGGAGGUUGCUGCACAAGCUAUUUCAAGCUUGAUCACCCUUUCGAUGAAUUGCAGAGAAGUUAAAAGGGAUGAUAAAAGUGUCCCAAAUUUGGUCCAACUGCUUGAUCCAAGCCCACAGAACACUGCAAAGAAAUAUGCCGUGUCGUGCCUUACGUCUCUCUCUCCAAGUAGGAAAUGCAAGAAGCUGAUGAUUUCAUAUGGAGCAAUUGGGUAUCUAAAGAAGCUUAGUGAAAUGGACGUACCAGGUGCCAAGAAGAUGCUUGAACGGCUCGAAAGAGGAAAGCUAAGAAGCUUGUUUAGCAGGAAAUAGAAGAAGCAGCAUUCUCAUGUUGUAUCAUGAAGGUUUUCUUUUCCUUUUCAAGCAUUGUUUCAUUAUCUGUGUGAAACAAAGUAGUCUAGAUCUGAAUCGAAGACCUUAAGUGUUAAUCUAUGCAAUCAAAGUUUAAUUAUUUAUAAAUUUAUGAUGCUCCCCUAUGUCUAUUUUCUGCAGAUACCAUCAAUUCUCUGCUUGCUGCAAUAUUUUUUUCCUCGUGAUUAGGUUUUGCUCUCCUUACAUUUUUUUCUCUUCUCUAGUUUGAAAGUAGGAAAGAUCUGUACUAAGUGGUAAGUGUAUAUUCUGAAUUAGGUUAUGGCUUCGGUGGAGUAAAUGUUGGAAAGUGUUAUACUUAAGUGGAACAAUUUCUUAUGCUUUUAUGAGUUGAAACAUCUUGCAGAUGGCAUAUAUCCUUCUCUUUA